UUUAAAUGUCACUGCAUUGGAAACCAGUAGAAGUAAAUUUAUCAAAAAGGUAUCAGACAUGACAUUCAGACAGUAGCGAAGAUGAUGAGGAUGAAGCCCAACCUUAUGCAUCAAAGUGCAGGAAUGGCUCUAGAUUCACGAGGAUUGACAUAAUUAAGUCAGAUAUCAGGAAUAGGACAAAGGAUAUGAAGAAGAGGAGAGAAGCUAGAUCAAAAGAAAGAUCUUAUGAAAGAUCAAAAUCAAAGAAGAGAUAUGAUCCAUAUUAUAAGAGCUGAGAGAAAGAGAAUUACAGUCAAAAUAUUCAGAAAUGAACUAAAACUAGAAAUAUGGAUAAUGUUAAGCCAGAUAAAUACCAAACAGAAGUGAGAAAAUCAAAAACGAGAAAGAAGGCACAAAUAGCUCAAACUAUUUCCCCUCGGUUCCAAAGCAUACCUCAACAAAAUACUCUAGACACAAACCCCGACAACCUAAUCCCUUUCCUUACUAGCCUCGACUCACCCUCUGAAACCCCAUCCCACACUCACAUUGAGGACCACAAAGUAACUAAAAUCCUGGAAUCCCUCAAACGCCUCAUCUCCCCAAAAACAGGGUCUUCCCCGCUGUUGGGGAGACUCUGGCGUGGCUACUCCAGUACUUUCACUACUCUCCAGUCCGCUUACUCUGAUGCGAAAGUUUCCCUUGUAACUUCUCUCAUCAAGAAUUUCAAACAAGUUGCCCAGUCCCGCUCAGAGCAGGCCAACAACGUUCCUGAAAUCCUUCGUGAAAUUCUCAAAAUCCAAUCGGAUUUUGAGAAUUUUGUAAGGAAUCAGAAUAUGAUCAGUGAGAUUAAGAAGGAAUUCGGCCAACAGAAGAAGGAAGAAAGAGCGCUAGGCGUGGGAUGGUGGGGUGGAGAGGGAGUAAGGGGAAAUAAGUUAGAUGACGUCUGUGACUGAUCUGAUGGGGAUGAUGAACUUGAGGAGUCCAUCAAGCCAUCUCUUACUUCAGAGUCAAGUCUUAAAUAUGAUUAUCAGAUACAGCAAACUGAAGCUGAAAAUCUAUGGAAAACUCAUCUUGAUGAUGACCUUGGUGUACAAAAAGCCCCUCUAAAGCCGAAGAUUCAUCACAAAAAUACAUCGAAUCCUAAAAUUCCAGAAUCUAAGCAUCACAAGAGCAUCAAGGUAGAUGACUGUACUCACUCAAUCAACUUCUCAACGUUGAAACCUGAAGGUGGCAGAAACUCUCAGGCUUUUGGGUUCCGUAAAAAUGAUUAUUUCAGCCAAAUCUCACACAGGAUUGGAGACCUCCAAUUGCCAAAUAGAAGGAAGUUUAAUCACAGAAGAAGCUCAAGCCUGAAGGAUAAGGAAUCUAAAGAGGUUAGAUUUUCUAUCGAUGGCUGUAGCCAUCGCAUGACUAUCGAUAAAUCCUUCAAUGCGCACAAAUCAUCAGAUUUCAGUGUCACCAAGAGAUACCUCUCCAGUGUAGAUCGGGACAACAAGAAGAAGUGCUUUGACCUUGCAAAGCUCCACAGAGAAACUUUAGAAAAAGCCAGAACCGAGCAAGAAAAAACCGGUAGGAAGAGGAUCAAGCUCUAUAAGCUGAAAAUCUCAAGGAAGUUCAGAAAGUCUUCCACACCAAAGAAAGUCACGAGUCCUGAACCAGGGGUAUAAGUUUCAACGAAGG